AUGUCCGAAGAUUCAAAUAAGGACAAGCAGUACAUAGAACAAUUAACCAGUGAUAAUUACAACUCAGAUGAGGAUCCCUUUAUCCCAUAUGUAACAGAAGAUCUUGAACAGUGUGCAUUUUUCACAGAUUCUUUUUGUGAUCAACUUUUGCCACGGACCACACAGAUUUUAUUGGAAUAUAACUCUGGAAAAUGGGUGCCACGACUUCGUGAACCACGAGAUUUAUAUGGCCUGUCUCCUGUGGGAGAUCUACACUUAGUACGCUGGCCCCAUCAGUAUGAAGUUAUCAGAGAAAAAAUUAAGCAUAUUGAAUGGAUUCCCUCUCACCCAGAGCCUCUAUACAAUCCCACAGGUUUAGAGAUCGAGCCUCCGUGUCCAGAUCCAGGGGAAGGUGCUAUUGUGUAUUUAGCAGAUGAAGCCAAUAAGGACACCAGCUUUAGGUAUUCUCGAAUAGGGGGACAUUUCCCUUCAAAGCAGGUGCUACCUCAAUCAUGGGAUGACUGGGAUAAUACUUUGAUCUUUGAAGCACGAUUUGAAAGUGGAAAUCUCCAAAAGGUGGUCAAAAUUAAUGAUUUUGAAUACCAGUUGACACUGCGUACUGAUCUCUACACAAAUAAGCACACCCAAUGGUACUACUUCCAGGUUACCAACACCCAAGCAGGAAUGCCUUACCGUUUCACCAUUGUCAACUUCACCAAGCCAACAAGCUUGUACAAUCGUGGUAUGCGCCCAUUAUUGUAUUCAGAAGCAGAAGCAAAGAUCCACAAGGUGGGGUGGCAAAGGACAGGAGAUCAGAUCAAGUAUUACAAAAACAAUCUCAGCCAUGAUGGGCACCAAUAUUUUUCCUUGACAUGGACUUUCCAGUUUCCACAUGACAGGGACACUUGCUAUUUUGCUCACUGCUAUCCAUACACUUACAGCAACCUGCAAGACUACUUGUCAGCCAUUGCCAGAGACCCAAGGCGGUCCAAGUUCUGCAAAAUCCGUAUAUUAUGUCAUUCUCUGGCUAGGAAUAUUGUCUAUGUUUUAACUAUUACCAACCCUUUGCAAGAUUUCAGUAAGGAAAAAUGCAAGUCAGCAGUUAUUUUGACAGCAAGGGUGCACCCUGGUGAAACAAACAGUUCCUGGAUGAUGAAGGGCUUUCUGGAUUACCUUCUAGGGGAUUCAGAUAAUGCCCAAUUGCUCCGAGACACUUUUGUUUUUAAGGUGGUGCCAAUGUUGAAUCCAGAUGGUGUGAUUGUGGGCAAUUAUCGCUGUUCUUUAGCCGGCAAGGACUUGAAUCGCAAUUAUAAAUCAGAUCUUAAGGAAUCUUUCCCUUCUAUCUGGUAUACCCGCAGCAUGAUCAAAAGAAUAAUGGAAGAGCGAAAUGUUCUUCUAUACUGUGACCUUCAUGGUCAUAGCAGGAAAGAAAAUGUCUUCAUGUAUGGCUGUGAAAAAAAAGAACAAGAUGAAAGGGCAUGCUUACUCCAGCGCAUUUUUCCUUUCAUUAUGAGCAAAAAUUGUCCAGAUAAAUUCUCAUUCCAAGAUUGCAGUUUUAAAAUGCAGAAAGGCAAAGAAGGAACAGGUCGAGUAGUUAUGUGGAAGAUGGGCAUCAGCAACAGCUAUACCUUGGAAGUAACCUUCUGUGGCUCUAAAUUGGGCAAUAAUCAUGCUACCCACUUCAGUACAAAAGAUUUGGAGUCCAUAGGAUACAAUUUCUGUGAUUCAUUAUUGGACUUGUGUAACGAAAAGAAGAGCAAGUACAACGAAUGCCUGAAGGAAUUGGAGGAACUAGUAAAACAGGAUGAUCCAGCUGCCUCUGUCAAUGAUACAGGGGACAGAGGAGAUUCUAGUUCGGAUAGUUCAGACUCUAAUGAGUUUGCUGAUAAAAUAGAAACCCAGAAUGAAUCCAAAAAACCAGAAGACCCUUCUCAUAGAGAUUCCAAGAGCCAAGAACAAAUAAUUAAAAAUACUCAGGUUUUUCAGAAAUUAAAACUGAUGGAGCUUCAAAACAUGGAAAGAGAAAAGUAUGAAAUUACCAAGCAGAAUAUAGAGACUUUCUCCAGAACAACAAAUACAAAAAAGUCAAAGACCUUAGCAGGGGUUCAUGAACUGUUUAAAGAAACUAACCCCAUUUUAAAAGGUAAACUGGAUGAAAAGGCUUUCCCCUCUAAAAAAGAUUCUGUGCCAAAUGUGCCAAGUAAAUAUGCGAUUCAGUAUCUGAGUCAUUAUUUUCCUGAGCAAGGAUUAAAUGUUGGAUGGGAUCUAACACAGCCUUUUAAGCACAUCAUUUCCCAGAGACUUUUCCUACCUCCCAAUGUCCUUAACCAAACAUGCAAUACACCAAGAAGAAAUGGUGCACUUACUGGUUGUCGGCUUCCUAGAGUGGAAAAUAUGAAGAGGGAAGCAAGCAUCCAUCGAAAAACAUCACUCAUCCAACUGGACAGUCACCCUAGCUCUUUAUAUCUGUCUCAGGCAGCGGCUGAAAAUCAUCCUGGAAGGGGCUAUGUCACACUACAGUUAGAAGAAAAAGAACUACAAAACAUUGCCCUAGCUCAAGAAAUCCAUUUUAAUGCUCCAUAUAACAAAGCUGCAGCCUGGAGAUUAGAAAAGUAUCAAACUGGAAAGGUCAAUAGUUGCAGAGAGAAGGCACCUCCAGAGAUCAAAGGUUUUCCCGAUGCACAAAAAAGCAGUUUAGCUGGAACGGAAAGUAAAGUAAAGGAAUUGUCACCAGCAAGGAAUGCUAAAACUAUCAUAAAUAGUGGAAGGAACUGUGAAGGUCUUAAACUGAACAGGUCUUCUGUUACACAAGAUUUGCUACAACUCUCCCUUCCUUUGAUGUCUGAGGGAAAAUACAGACAACCUCCUGAAAAAUAUUCAAGGAGUGAACGACAUCUAAAAUCAUUAGGUCGCCACCGACCACGCUUGGCUACCUUACUGACUACAAAAGGGCCCAACAAAACAAUUUUGCUGAAACAUUCUGAGGAUGAUGAAGCUUCCAGUCCUCUACUACAAAGCAGGCCAAAAAUGCCAACAAGAAACUUGCUGUUCCAGAGUGAAAGCGAAUUUUUUUCUAAGAGACAUAAAAGUGACAGUUCUUCAUUGCAAGACCUUCCAAAUACAACUGAGAGGAUUUCUUUUCAUGCAUAGGACGAGAUGCAGUUUCUUUUGUGCCAUUUCAUAAGCCACAAAAGAGUAUCCAGUAGUGAUGCCAUCAGAGGGUAUUGCUUUAGCUCUUUGAACAUUGCCUGGGAGGACAUUGCAGGCAGAGCAGUUGCACUUUCACAGGAUUGGACUAUUGGAUCCAAAUAAAUUAGAACAUCUUGUGGGGCUGCUGUGACCAAUAUAAACAAAACUAAAAUAUGAUCGGAUUUAUUUAUUUUUAUUGUUAGCAAAUUGCACAGGGAAGCAAGUUGAAUCAUUCAUUUCUGGAUUUCAGCUUGCUUCUAAUACAUUACAACAAAAUGAUCUGGAAAAAAUGAGAUAAAGUUUCUCAAUGCUGACUCUUAUUAGACAAGGGUAGGAUUUUUAUUCCAUGAGGUGU